GCGACAUUUCCCAAACACUCUGCAUUGAAGAAGAAGUACAAAAGGAUGCCAUCUAUCACCAGAACUUCAGGUGAGAACGGCAAUGUCAGCGAGACGAAGAAGCGCUGCGGGGAGCCGGAGCCGCCGCUAGCGUCCCUGGAGGAAGCGGCCGAGAGGGGCAGCAGCAUGGAAGGGCGCGCCGCCGCCGAGGAAGAGAACGGGGGCAGCGCCGGGGAGCAGAGCGCGCCGCAGCCACCCUUGCCGGCGCCCUGCGGCUUCAGCUCCUCGCUGUGCUUCAGGUCGGCCGGCAGCGCAGACAAAGCCGCGCCGACGGAGCCCGACGCCGCCUCCUCUUCCUCUUCCUCCUCCUCCUCGUCCUGCAGCAGCGGCAACCGGCGCGUGGUGCAGAGCCAGUGGGAGAUCAACAGCGCCGCUUCCGAAUCGGAGGAGGAGGAGGGCGGCGGCGGCGGCCCGACGGGCGCGCUGGGCCCCGCGCAGGCGGCGGAGGAGCCGGACCUGGUGAUCGAGGUGUCCGGGCGGCGGCUGCGGGCGCACAAGGCGGUGCUGGCGGCCAAGAGCGACUACUUCCGCGCGCGCUCCUCGCGGGAUGUGCUGCGCCUGAAGGGGGUGAGCUUCGGGGCGCUGCGGCUGCUGCUGGAGUACGCCUACACGGCGCGCAUGGGCGAGGUGCGGCACGACAACCUGGCCGAGGUGGUGAGCGGCGCCCGCGUGCUGCAGAUGCCCUGCGCCCUGCACUGCGCCGCCGAGGCCAUGCGGGCCCAGCUGCGUCUCGACAACUGCUUGCAGCUGCUGGGCCUGGCCAAGAAGCAGCGGCUGGCCGAGCUACGGGAGGCCGCCUACCGCUUCAUGAGCGACCACUACCUGCAGGUGCUGCGCGAGCCCGCCGUCUACGGCCGCCUGAGCGGCGCCGAGCGAGACCUCAUCCUGCAGCGCCGCCUGCAGGCCGGCAAGCCCUGCCUGCUGGUGGCCGAGGUGAGUGACGCCUUCGAGCGCCUCAACGCCGGCAGCCGCCCGCAGAGCCGCGAGAGCAGCCGCCCGCAGAGCCCCUCCUCCGUGGUGUCCCUCGACGAGAGCAGCUACCUGCUCUACAGCUACCAGGAGGCGGCCAAGGAGUGGCGGGUGCUGACCCGCCUGCCCGACGAGGCCAACGCCAAGGGCUGUGCCAUGUGCGUCCUCUACAACUACCUGUUCCUGGCCGGCGGCAUCACCACGGGGCCCGGCGAGCAGCGGGCCCGGCUCUCUGACAAGGUGUUCUGCUACAACCCCUUGACUGACACCUGGAGCCAGGUGAAGCCCAUGGCGCAGCCUCGCUCACAGCUGAAACUCCUGGCCCUGGACGGUUAUCUUUAUGCUGUGGGGGGUGAGUGCCUCUUCACAGUGGAGAAAUACGACCCCCGGGCGGACAGGUGGAGUCCGGUGGCCCCUUUGCCCAAAGGCGCUUUUGCUGUGGCUCAUGAAGCCACCACCUGCAGCGGGGAGAUCUACGUGUCAGGGGGAUCCCUCUUCUACCGCUUGCUGAAGUAUGACCCCAAGCGGGAUGAGUGGCAGGAGUGUCCAUACAACAGCAGCCGCCGGCGCUCUGCUGACAUGGUGGCCUACAAAAACUUCAUCUACCGGUUUGAUGUGAGCGGCGGUCGUGGGGAACAGGGACAGGCUGGGGCGGUGGAAGUCUUCCGGUACAAUACGGUGGCCAAGCACUGGAGUCAGUGCGCAUCCUUGCGCCCCAGUGGCACCCCUGUCCAGCCAUUCCGCUGCGCCGCCAUAGCCAACACCAUCUUCUGUGUCAACCGGACUGGAAUGUUGUGCUUUAACCUGUCCCAGAAUGGUGAGGUGGAAGCAGAUGGUGGAUUGAAAGGCACCUUUGACACAGAACUUCUCAAAGCCCCAUUUGAUACUAAAGGGGUCCUCCUCCCAUUUGUGCUUACCUUGCCCGAGAGAGAGAAAGCAGUGGAAUCAGAGAGCCCACUGGCAUUGUGAGAGGUGGCCUUUCCAAUAGGCAGCUCAAGCUAGGGCCCAGUGCCAUUUGGGGAUGUCAGUAGAGCAGGAACACCACCAAAAGAAAGGCCAGAGCAGGUGAAUGUGGUCUUGUGUUCUCCAAAAAUCAGUCGUGGUUGAGUGGGUGGAAGGGCUGUAUUCCGGCAGCAGAGGCAAAUCCGGGAGGUGAAAAGUCGUCUGUGCGUUACUUAACAACUUUGUAGCUGCAGAAGUUAAGUGAAGGCCAGUCUUAGAUGUCCUUAAUUCAUACACUGCAUGCAUUGCUUUGGAGGCUUACUGUGGUGUCCCACCUAAAGUGUUGACCAGCUGGCUGCAACCGUUCUAAGCUUUCUAGCGUACUUAAUGUAGAAAAGAACUCACCUCUCCACACAAGAGAACCAGUCAGUGAAAAGCUGCCAAAUAAAUUUAUUGUUGGGCAAUGUCUGUGCAACCUUCUAGUCUAGCAGUAUCCUGCAGCUGUCUA